UGGUGUGCAGGGACAGGAAAUCAGGGCGUGGAAAUAGGGGAAAAUUGGAAAAUCCGUUUCAUGUGAUGGUGAUGGCGGCGGUGAUGACGGUGGUGGUGGUGGUGAUGGUGGUGACGGUGGUGGUGGUGAUGGCGGCGGUGAUGGUGGUGACAGGUGUUGGUGGUGAUGAUGACGGCGGUGGUGAUGGUGGUGGUGGUGAUGGCGGCGAUGAUGGUGGUGGUGACGGCGGUGGUGAUGAUGGUGGUGGUGACAGGUGACAGAUGUUGGUGGUGAUGGCAGUGAUGAUGAUGGUGGUGGUGGUGACGGCGGUGGUGAUGGUGGUGGUGACGGCGGCGGUGAUGGCGGUGGUGACGGCGGUGGUGAUGGUGGUGGUGACAGAUGUUGGUGGUGAUGGCAGUGGUGAUGAUGGUGGUGGUGAUGAUGGUGGUGGUGAUGACGGCGGUGAUGGUGAUGACGGCAGUGGUGACAGGUGUUGGUGGUGAUGAUGACGGCGGUGGUGAUGGUGGUGGUGGUGAUGGCGGUGGUAUUGACAGGUGUUAGUGGUGAUAAUGGCAGGGGUGACAGUGAUGCUGACCGUUGUGGUGGUGUUGGUGGUGGUGGUGGUGGUGUAUAAUGGGUUGAGUUGACAGCCCCUGACCUGUCAAGCCACCAAACUGUCACUUAACUGUCAUUCUCUUCCUGUCAAAAUGUCGGGCACCUGUCAAAUGUCAGGUGUUAGGUCAGGUCACGUUGGUCAGGUCACAGUCCACCUGGGUUUCUGUGGUGUGGAAUGACGCUUGUAAACUCCACCUUCAUUGACUAGCAAUAGUGAUAGGUUAGAUUAUUUCUAUUUCUAUACUAUUUCUAAUUCUAUUUCUAUUCUAUUGUAUUUUAUUUCUAUUGUUAGUAUUUUUGUUACCAUUAGGGUAUUAUUGAAGAAAGGGUAGCCUAAGAAUUUUGACAUUAAUUUUGUCCUAAACUAUUUGGGUGUUAUUCCGGAAAUCAGAUUUGGUUAGGUUAGAUUAAUUGUUUGCAUAUUAGGUUAAAUUGGGUUAGGUUGCCUUGCUAAAGAUGUGGCAGGCUUUGUAUUUCUCUGUUGGUGGUUGUCGCUGAGAGUUCGUGGGUGUAUUUCUUGAGUUUUACCUGUAAUUAGAAGGGAGCUUCGUGGUGCAGUGGUUAGCACACUUGGCUCACAAUCGAGAGAGCUCGGGUUCAAUUCCCAGGCGGAGUGGGAAAAUUUGGGCGGCUUUUCCGAUAACCUACACCCCUGUCCACCCAGCAGUGUACCAGGUGGACAGCAAACAUUGUGGAAGCAGUCCUCUGAGUCAUGGGGAGGACAACACCACAACAGACUGGAUGAUGCAAGUGAAGGCCACGAGAGAGAAGGGGGAGAGAGGACCAGGGAAUGAUCCAAUGUCUUGCUGCCCCACUCACUGAGACAAGCCGCUGGACCCACCCAUCGCCAAGUGUUCCAGGAGGCAAGAAGAAGCAUGGGAGUGACUCUACACCAGGGAACUUUGACAGACCUCCUCCCCCUGCCUUCAAGUCUGGCCAAACACUACCAAACGAAGAAGAGGAGGAGGAGGAGGAAGAAGAAGACGAGGAACACAGGAGGAACCCAUUGAGUGUGCGGUGUCCCGCAGGCAGGCAGACCGAGACGCCAGCCAUUCAAUUCUGCCGAGGGGAAAGAAGUCGUGUUAGUCAACUCUGAUGACUUGUACUUUUCUCUGCAAGGGACUGUUCUGUAAGCCAGUCACAGAAGAUGUGAACUGUAUCUGUACUAUGAAGUCUUAUAAAUAAAGUUAAUGGUCACACCUAUGACUUUAUCUUGCCCCAAACCCAUUUAGCUAAUCACCGGACACUUUUUUAGGUAUAAUUGACUUUUUCAAGAUGUUUUUGAGCUGUAAGCUGAUAUAUCUAAUUGCUUUGAUCUUUUUUAAAAGCUAAUUCUAUAUAUAUUAAAGGGAGGAACUAAUUUUCAUACAGAAAAAAAAACUUAUAAUAUAAAAAGAAUUAUAUAUGAAUUGGAAACAAGAUAUAAGAGAAGACAACGAAGGGAACUAACAAGAGGAGAGAUUGUAUACAUAAAGAGCUCAAAAGUCAUUGAAAAAGCAAUGGAAAUUAAGAGACAAUAAUAACAUAUGAAAUAAAAGACGUGGAAACAAGUACUCUAAAAGAUAAGAACUCAAAGACAGAGGAAGACGAGACCUUAGAUAUACAACCAAGAAGAAAAUAAGACAGACAUGAGAUUAUUACUAUGACAUAAUACCUUAGACAAAGAGAAAGCAGAUAACAUAUCACAGACUAAAAUAUUUGAGGCGUACGGCAGAGAAGUGAGGUGACAUUAGGAAUGGCGACCCUUGUGUAAAUUGUACGCAAUUAGUAUCAUAACAUAGCAAUUUAACUCUAAUUUGCACUGGGAAAGACAGACUACCCCUCCAAGGAUGAACGCGGGACGAAUCAAAAUGGAAGCUCAACUUUUAUGGGGCAGACGGAGGGUCACUUUCCCUUGUAACGUACACAUCAUGACGAGCAAUAUAACAAUAAUUAUGUUCUAGUUAGCAAGGGGGGAAAGGAAAAACAAGAUAUAGUAACUUGCAAAGGAAAAUAAACCUUGUAUAGAAUGUACGGAGGGCUGGAAGUCUCGUAAUCUGUUCUCAGUGUGUUACAGUACUCUAAUAUACGUAACAAUAUGUCAUCGUGCCUUAGGAUUUCUCUGCCGGAAGCCUCGUUUAUACGUUAAGAGAUGAGGAGGAAGGGAAACAAGCAAAUAAUGGAACUAUAUAUACGAUACAGUGAAAAGGAUUUACCGAGAAGGAUGUACGUAUGAGAGGAGGAGAAGGCGGAGAAGAGAGAGAUUAAGGUAAGUAAAGGGAAGUAAAACAGAUGAGGAUAUAUAUAUAUAAAUAAAACUAAAUAAAGAAGGAAUGAUUAGAACUGAGAGAGAGAGAGAGAAAGGUACAUCACAGAGGAGGAAAGUCUGGAAUUUGAGGAAGACAAGGAGGAAGGAACGCCAGCCAUGGAGUCUACUGUCGUCAAGGAGCUGAUUCAAAGUACGUCUCAAACUUCCCUUCCUAAGAUCUAUGAAGCAGACCCUUCCGCCCCUCACGUCAGCUACUUGCAAAGGUCAAUAAGGAGAUCAAUCAAGUUCUCACGAGUCUUGUUUUAAGAUUCACGGUAAGGAGAAAGUUAAAACUACCACCUGGGUCAUCAAACUGCCCCUGGAAAUUCUCACAACUCCUACAAAAGCCUGUCAAAUGUGUGCACUUGGAACAAUAUUUUUAAGAAUGUGACUGUCAGAUGCCAAAAAGGAGAUCAAUCAGGUUCUAAUUGAGUGGUUUAGAAGGUUCAUGGUACAUAGGAAGGGUUAAUCUAUCACCAGGGUCAUAAAACUACCCCUGGAAAUGCCCAAACCUCCUACGGAAGCCUUAAAUACAAGUCUCUCGGGAUGGCUUUUUCAAGAAUGUGAGCCUCGGACAUUUCCGCUCCUCACAUCAGCUACUUCCAAAGGCCGUAAAGGAGAUUAAUUGGGUUCUUUUGACUUGUUUUAUAGGUUCAUGGUAAAGAGGAAAGGUCUUGAUACAACCAGGGUCAUAAAACUACCCCUGGAAAUGCCCGCAACUCCUAUGAAAGCCCUGUCAGUUGACCUCACUCAGGGAACAAAAUGUUUUUGAAUAUGACACUAAUACAACCAAUACAAUGUUUGAGGUUCUUGGUACAGUAGAAGGGUUACACUCCCUCUGCACCAUGAACGGUUAAACCACCCAUGAAAACCCGGUUAGCCUUCUCUGUGGCUUUGGGAAACAGUCAUAACAGCUUUUCAAACAAGCAAACUGCGGUGUCAUGAAGUUCAAGAAUACAGGCUUUAUUCAGAAGGUCAUUCCUGGUACAGUAAGCAGUAUAAUCUGACUUACAGUGGACUACACAGACUCUGGAGAUAGAGAGCAAAGAUCCUCACUCGUAGCUCACCCAAACAGGUCCCAAUGUUAGGUACCGCAUACCUGUAACCGCAUAUACGUAACCUAUGCAGCACACUUCCCUUCAGUACCAGGAGGCUGGGUCCCACACGGUACAAUAAUAUCAUGUUUAAGGAGAAUGAAAGAUGCUUGGCGUGAGAACAGGCUAACUUUUGAUAAGAACUAUAAAGUGCUGGACAUCAUACUCAUGAAAGUACCCUCUAGGUGAGUGGAUGGAGUGGCGAGUGUUUGUAGGGUAUGUCCAGGGGUAGUUAUAAGACACAGGUGGUAGUGUGACCCUUCCUCUGUACCAUGAACCUAAAGAAACACACAUUUGGCAAAGCUUUUGUAGGAGUUUUGGGUAUUUCCAGGGGUAGUUUUAUGGCCAUGGUGGUAGUGUGACCCCUCCUCUGUACCAUGAACCUAAAGAAACACACAUUUGACAAGGCUUUCAAGGGAGUUUGGGGCAUUUUCAGGGGGUAGUUUUAUGACCCUGGUGGUAGUGUGACCCUUCCUCUGUACCAUGAACCUAAAGAAACAUAUUUGGCAAGGCUUUCGUAGGAGUUUGGGACAUUUCCAGGGGUAGUUUUAGGACACUUGUGGUAGUUUGAUCAUUCUUCUGUACCAUGAACUUAAAGAAACACACAUUUGACAAGGCUUUCGAGGGAGUUUUAUGCAUUUUCAGGGGGUAGUUUUAUGAUCCUAGUGGUAGUGUAACCCUUCCUCUGUACCGUGAACCUAAAGAAACACACAUUUGACAAGGCUUUCAAGGGAGUUUUGGGUAUUUCCAGGGGUAGUUUUAUGACCCUGGUGGUAGUUUGACCCUUCCUCUGUACCAUGAACCUAAAAAAACAUAUUUGGCAAGGCUUUCGUAGGAGUUUGGGUAUUUCCAGGGGUAAUUUUAUGACCCUGGUGGUAGUUUGACCCUUCCUCUGUACCCUGAACCUAAAAAAACACAUAUUUGGCAAGGCUUUCCUAGGAGUCUUUGACAUUUCCAGGAGUAUAGUUUUAUGACCUGGUGGUAGUGUGACCCUUCCUCUGUACCCUGAACCUAAAGAAACACAUAUUUGGCAAGGCUUUCCUAGGAGUCUUUGACAUUUCCAGGAGUAUAGUUUUAUGACCUGGUGGUAGUGUGACCCUUCCUCUGUACCAUGAACAUGAAGAAACACUCAUUAGAACCCGAUUGCCCCCCUCUUUGACCUUCAGAAAUACGGUACAUAGUUGACGUGAGAAGGGAAAGUGUCUUAUAUAUAUUGUGUCAUGAAAACCCAGAUUAAAUUCAAACCUCUCCUGCGUCCAUCCCACUCUGAUUGGGCUCAUGUUAACACCGCCCUGCACUGCGACGCCUUGUUUAAGAGGCAAGAAGGAUGGAACGGAUAGGGAGAAAGCUGUUGCCGAGAGGGAGAAAAUGUAAGAGGGAUUUUAUUGGAACCAACCAAGAUUUUCAGCAGAAACAACUGGAUUACAGGCACGGAAGAUUAACCCGGUAGCAGCGACGGGCCAAAUUUGUGGCUUUACUGUGUAGCAGCGACGGGCCAAAUUUGUGGCUUUACUGUGUAGCAGCAACGCGCCAAAUUCGUGGCUUUACCGUGUAGCAGCGAUGGGCCAAAUUUGUGCCAUAAUAUAAACCCCCCAAAAUAGAUGAUACAUAAACUGAUCACAAAUGCUUUGAUAUAUAUUAUGAAAUGGUUUGUGUGAGGGGUGAUUUUUUCUCAUUUUUCUCACGUCGAGGGACCAUUGAUAAACAUGGUCCCCGAUGCUACAAGGUUAAGAACUGAGGAUUUAAAUGAAAACAAUUGGGAUUUUAGUGGAAACAAUUCAGUUACAGCCACACAAGAAUAAGAACUAAGAAUUUUAAUGAAAAAAAUGGGAUUUUUUGUGGACAAAAUCAUGAUUUUUGUGGAAACGAUGGAUUUUAGUGGAAAGUGCAAGGAUUUAUGCAGAAACAGCUGGGAUUUUAGUGAAAAGAGCAAGGAUUUAUGCAGAAACAGCUGGGAUUUUAGUGAAAAGAGCAAGGAUUUAUGCAGAAACAGCUGUGAUUUUAGUGAAAGGAGCAAGGAUUUAUGCAGAAACAGCUGUGAUUUUAGUGAAAAGAGCAAGGAUUUAUGCAGAAACAGCUGUGAUUUUAGUGAAAGGAGCAAGGAUUUAUGCAGAAACAGCUGUGAUUUUAGUGAAAGGAGCAAGGAUUUAUGCAGAAACAGCUGUGAUUUUAGUGAAAGGAGCAAGGAUUUAUGCAGAAACAGCUGGGAUUUUAGUGAAAGGAGCAAGGAUUUAUGCAGAAACAGCUGGGAUUUUAGUGAAAAGAGCAAGGAUUUAUGCAGAAACAGCUGUGAUUUUAGUGAAAGGAGCAAGGAUUUAUGCAGAAACAGCUGUGAUUUUAGUGAAAGGAGCAAGGAUUUAUGCAGAAACAGCUGUGAUUUUAGUGAAAGGAGCAAGGAUUUAUGCAGAAACAGCUGUGAUUUUAGUGAAAGGAGCAAGGAUUUAUGCAGAAACAGCUGUGAUUUUAGUGAAAGGAGCAAGGAUUUAUGCAGAAACAGCUGUGAUUUUAGUGAAAGGAGCAAGGAUUUAUGCAGAAACAGCUGUGAUUUUAGUGAAAGGAGCAAGGAUUUAUGCAGAAACAGCUGUGAUUUUAGUGAAAGGAGCAAGGAUUUAUGCAGAAACAGCUGUGAUUUUAGUGAAAGGAGCAAGGAUUUAUGCAGAAACAGCUGUGAUUUUAGUGAAAGGAGCAAGGAUUUAUGCAGAAACAGCUGGGAUUUUAGUGAAAAGGGCAAGGAUUUAUGCAGAAACAGCUGUGAUUUUAGUGAAAGGGGCAAGGAUUUAUGCAGAAACAGCUGGGAUUUUAGUGAAAGGAGCAAGGAUUUAUGCAGAAACAGCUGGGAUUUUAGUGAAAGGAGCAAGGAUUUAUGCAGAAACAGCUGGGAUUUUAGUGAAAGGAGCAAGGAUUUAUGCAGAAACAGCUGGGAUUUUAGUGAAAAGGGCAAGGAUUUAUGCAGAAACAGCUGGGAUUUUAGUGAAAAGGGCAAGGAUUUAUGCAGAAACAGCUGUGAUUUUAGUGAAAGGAGCAAGGAUUUAUGCAGAAACAGCUGUGAUUUUAGUGAAAAGGGCAAGGAUUUAUGCAGAAACAGCUGGGAUUUUAGUGAAAGGAGCAAGGAUUUAUGCAGAAACAGCUGUGAUUUUAGUGAAAGGAGCAAGGAUUUAUGCAGAAACAGCUGUGAUUUGAGUGAAAAGGGCAAGGAUUUAUGCAGAAACAGCUGGGAUUUUAGUGAAGAGCAAGGAUUUAUGCAGAAACAGCUGGGAUUUUAGUGAAAAGAGCAAGGAUUUAUGCAGAAACAGCUGGGAUUUUAGUGAAAAGAGCAAGGAUUUAUGCAGAAACAGCUGGGAUUUUAGUGAAAAGGGCAAGGAUUUAUGCAGAAACAGCUGGGAUUUUAGUGAAAAGAGCAAGGAUUUAUGCAGAAACAGCUGGGAUUUUAGUGAAAGGAGCAAGGAUUUAUGCAGAAACAGCUGUGAUUUGAGUGAAAAGUGCAAGGAUUUAUGCAGAAACAGCUGUGAUUUGAGUGAAAGGAGCAAGGAUUUAUGCAGAAACAGCUGUGAUUUGAGUGAAAAGGGCAAGGAUUAUGCAGAAACAGCUGUGAUUUUAGUGAAAGGAGCAAGGAUUUAUGCAGAAACAGCUGUGAUUUGAGUGAAAAGGGCAAGGAUUAUGCAGAAACAGCUGUGAUUUUAGUGAAAGGAGCAAGGAUUUAUGCAGAAACAGCUGUGAUUUGAGUGAAAAGGGCAAGGAUUAUGCAGAAACAGCUGGGAUUUUAGUGAAAGGAGCAACGAUUUAUGCAGAAACAGCUGUGAUUUGAGUGAAAAGGGCAAGGAUUAUGCAGAAACAGCUGUGAUUUUAGUGAAAGGAGCAAGGAUUUAUGCAGAAACAGCUAGGAUUUUAGUGAGAAGGGCAAGGAUUUAUGCAAAAUUAACUGAGAUUUUAGUGGAAAGGACGACGAAGAAAGGGAGAGGGAAGAGAUAUUUUAGGGAAGAGAGGGGAUGUUUUAGUAAGGGAGGAGGGGAAGAAGGGGAGAGAGAUUUAAGCAGGGGAGAGAAGGGGGGGAGAGGUGUCAGCAAGGAGGGAGGGAGGGAGGGGGGGAAGGGAGAACAGUAUGGAGAGAAAUAUCAGCAGGGAGGAAAGGGGAGGGGAAAAGGGAGGGGAGAACAGUCUGGAGAGAGAGAUUCCAGCAGGCGAGGAAGGGGGAAGAGAUGUUUCAGCAGGAAGGGAGGGAGGGAGGGAGGAUUGGGGAGAGAGAUUUAAGCAGGGGAGGAGAGAGAAGAAAACUUGAGGGUAGGGUAGGGAAGGGAGGAGGGGGAGGCAUUCCUGCGUCAACUGGUAGAAUGUUUAAGGUUAUUAUACUGAUGUACACACUUAACAUCAGCCCACCAGAGGGAUUCAAACUUGCUGAGGGACUGUUCUAAUGUCUCAAGCCAGGGGAGUGGGAUUAAACAGUAGCCCAGUGUGAGGUUUUUGUUCAUAUAUGACCCAGGAAACAUUCAACAGUCACAUCAAAAUACUGUAUUUUAGCGACUUUUAACCCUGUAGCAGCGAGGAUCACGAUUCUUAACCCGUACAGUGUUUAGUACAUACAUAUACAUACCUCUUAGGGAAGUGUUUAGUACGUAUAUAUACGCAAGCUCUUUUGAGGGCUUAUGCGCCCUUUAUUUUUGUUUGUGUAUGUAACAUUGUUCAUUGACAGUGAAGAGCAAUAAUUUGACAAGUCUUGGUAGUUUUAAAUGGAUGUUAAAGGGCCUUUCUGUACAUUUGUCUGCAUUCCAACAAAAAUCAUUAUACAAGAAGGUAAGUUACUUUCUCCUAGGUAAUUACUCCUCGAUUCUAUAAUCAGUAAGGCAUAAGGAAUUGUAAAUUACGCUUCAGAGUAAUCGGAAAUGAAAACUGAUAGUCGGAAGCAUCACAGUAUUAUGUUGUAGUUGGAAAGUUUUGUUUAGUGGGCGCAACAUCUGUGGUCAUAUGCCGGAGAGAGACAGAAGGGGAAGGAAUUAUAGGAGAAGGGAACAGUUGGAAAGUUUGGUUUAGUGGGCGCAACAUCUGUGGUCAUACGCCAGAGACAGAAGGGGAAAGAAUUACAGGAGAAGGGAACAGGGAAAGUUUUGUUUAGGUGGCGCAACAUCUGUGGUCAUAUGCUGGAGAGACAGAAGGGGAAGGAAUUAUAGAAGGGUACAGGGAAAGUUUUUUUUAGUGGGCGCAACAUCUGUGGUCAUAUGCCGGAGAGAGACAGAAGGGGAAGGAAUUAUAGAAGAAGGGAAAAAGUUGGAAAGUUUGGUUUAGUGGGCGCAACAUCUGUGGUCAUAUGCCGGAGAGAGACAGAAGGGGAAGGAAUUAUAGGAGAAGGGAACAGUUGGAAAGUUUGGUUUAGUGGGCGCAACAUCUGUGGUCAUAUGCAGGAGAGAGACAGAAGGGGAAGGAAUUAUAGGAGAAGGGAACAGUUGGAAAGUUUGGUUUAGUGGGCGCAACAUCUGUGGUCAUAUGCCGGAGAGAGACAGAAGGGGAAGGAAUUAUAGAAGGCAACAGGGAAAGUUUUGUUUAGGGGGCGCAACAUCUGUGGUCAUAUGCCGGAGACAGAAGGGGAAAGAAUUACAGGAGAAGGGAACAGGGAAAGUUUUGUUUAGGGGGCGCAACAUCUGUGGUCAUAUGCCGGAGAGAGACAGAAGGGGAAGGAAUUAUAGGAGAAUGGAACAGAUCCCAGGAGAUGGGACACAUCCCCAAAUUAAUACCUGGUACACUGCUGGGUGGACAGGGGUGUAGGGUAUCGAAAAAGCCACCCAAAUUUUUCCACUCUGCCCGGGAAUCGAACCCGGGCUCUCUCGGUUGUGAGCCGAGUGUGUUAACCACUGCACCACGAAGCCCUCGGUAUUAUGUUGAGCUUUGAGAACUACGGUUGUAGUACAGACAGCCUUGAAGCGAGCAGUGCUGCCUGACCCAACCAUUUUCUUGUACUUAUAAUUACUGUUAUUUUUUUGUGAUGCAAAGAAGUACUAAUACAUUACUCACGCAAUAGGGUAGUGAGAAGUGUUUAUAAUGGAAAGAACAUAGGCUCUAAAAAAUUAAAAUAAAUUUCCCUUUCCUGGUAUAACAUGGUUAGCUUUGAGAUGCAGAAAACUCUAUCUAUGACAAAAGACCACACUGUAUGGGUUACUGGUCCCUCUAAGUGAGAAAAAUUAGAAAAAAUCACCCCUCACACAAACCAUUUCAUAAUAUAUAUCAAAGCAUUUGUGAUCAGAUUAUAUAUUAUUUAUUUUUGGGGGUUUAUAUCAUGGCACAAAUUUGGCCCAUCGCUGCUACCGAGUUAACAUCAGCCCACCAGAGGGAUUCAAACUUGCUGAGGGACUGUUCUAAUGUCUCAAGCCAGGGGAGUGGGAUUAAACAGUAGCCUAGUGUGAGGUUUUUGUUCAUAUACGACCCAGGAAACAUUCUACAGAUACAUCAAAGUACACCAGAUGGUAUUCGUUAUAUGCGAGGGUUACGUUCUGCAAAAAGCUCGCAUAAUGUGAAUUCACAUAUCGAACUUAUCAUCCCAUUAAUUCUAGGGGGUUAUGUUCCACGACCCGUUUUAGAACCCUCUAACUAUUUAUUUCGGCACCGUUUCAGAAUAAUAAAGCACUAAAGCAACAAUAAAGCACAUUGAUUGCUUCCGGGGAGACACACCCAAAGUCUACGAUACAUGCUGAUAAUUAGGUACCUGAGGAUUAACUUUAGGAUCAGAGGGAGGAAAAGGUUAAUUAUAGGCGAGGAAAAUGCAGGAAAGCAUUAUCUGCACCCUCUAGUGUGUCACCAUACCUCACCAACCAGUCGCACCAGCGCCGAUAUUUACAUAUGAGCGAAUUUUUCUUGCAUAAAAUGAAUACAGGUAACUCUCGAUUGACGCGAGUUUUGUUUAAGAGUUUUUGAAAUAACGCUGGGUCCAAAAUCCAAAUAAAUGUUUAAUUUACACAUUUUUUUCACCUAUACGUGAUAUUUUCUGGAGUGUCCACCAGAUGUCUCACGCAACUGGACUCACACGGCCACACAGCUGAGCUCAGUUCUUCCCGCGCGCCACUUGAACAACAAUACAGUACCCACACUGCUCAACAACAACAACAACAACAGGCUGAGACUGAGUGCCUGAGUGGAUAUCUCGGUGAUAUGGAU